AUGAGUUCAGCUACAAGUCCAUUAUCACCCCCUCUUAGGGCUACAAGUGCACCCAUUUCUACACUUAAUUUAAAUUGUAUUUUUUAUUUUAAACGAAUUUUUGUCGAAAUUUUUUUCCUUUUUAAAGCCUUCUCUGAUUCGACUUCUGAAAGUUUGUCAAUUAAUUUUGCUAGAAAUAAAAAGGCACAAAUGGCAGCUAGAGCUUUGUUUGAAUUAGUGCAUAAUUAUGGGGAUAAUUUGAGAGAGGUUUUUUGUUGAAUUUUCUGAUAUUUAAACUUGCUUAGUUUUCUUAAAAUUAAAUUAGCUGUGAAUAUCCUGGCUCC